AUGAUCUUCCUCCGCGAUAACACCCUCCUCGAAAGACCUCUUCGAUUCGAAGAUAUCAAACCUCGUCUCCUAGGUCACUGGGGCACCUGUCCCGGCUUAAUCCUCCUCCACGCCCAUCUCUCCCUCCUCAUCCGCAACCACGAUCUUGACAUGAUCUAUGUCAUUGGCCCGGGUCAUGGCGCACCCGCUGCUCUAGCAUGUCUUUGGCUUGAAAGGUCGUUAGAGAAUUUCUAUCCAGGGGAGUAUGGUGUUAACAGGGAGGGGCUUGGGAGACUAAUUGCGAGAUUCGCCGUGCCAGGAGGGUUUCCUAGUCACAUUAACGCGGAAACACCGGGCGCAAUACACGAGGGCGGAGAGCUAGGCUACGCGUUAGCAGUGUCAUUUGGGGCGGUGAUGGAUAAGCCGGAUGUCAUUGUUGCGUGUGUUGUUGGGGAUGGGGAGGCUGAGACGGGGGCGACGGCGGCGGCGUGGCAUGCACACAAAUUCAUCGAUCCCAGGGAGUCAGGUGCUGUUCUCCCGAUUCUGCACGUGAAUGGGUUCAAGAUCAGCGAGAGGACGAUUUUCGGGACGAUGGAUGACAAGGAGUUGGUAGCACUGUUCAGCGGGUACGGAUGGCUGGUGUGCAUCGUUGACGAUCUGGAGCAUAUUGACGAGCAGCUGUACAGUGCACUGGAAUGGGCGCUGGCAGAGAUCCACACCAUCCAGCAGGCUGCGAGGGAGGAGAAGCCAAUUUUGAAGCCUAGAUGGCCGAUGAUUGUGUUGAAGACGCCGAAGGGUUGGACCGGCCCUAAAGAAAUCGACGGGAAAAUCCUUGAAGGUUCCUUUACUUCGCACCAAGUCCCCCUCCCCAAAGCCAACUCUGAUAAAGCCCAUCUUACCGCUCUUCAAGAAUGGCUUUCAAGUUACCGCAUUCACGAGCUUCUCGACCCUGAAGGCCAUCCAGUCCCCAUUGUGGCGCACAUCCUCCCUCAGAAUGAGACCAAAAGACUCGGACGGCUCAGACUCACACACGAGUCAUACACCCCGCUUAACGAAGUCCCUUGGCACCCAUUCUCCUUUCCCAAGGGAGCAGAUGCCAGUUCCAUGAAAGCCGUGGGUAAUUACCUCGAUGCAGUCUUCCAAGCCAACCCGCACACGAUUCGCCUUUUCAGCCCAGAUGAGCUCGAAAGCAAUAAGCUCAGCUCAAUCCUCACCCACACAGGACGCAAUUUUCAAUGGGACGAGCACUCUUUUGCCAAAGACGGUCGCGUGAUUGAAGUCCUAUCGGAACACCUCUGCCAGGGGUUUAUGGAAGGCUACACACUAACAGGUAGGACAGGGAUAUUCCCCAGUUAUGAGGCGUUCCUAGGAAUUGUGAGCACGAUGGUGGUGCAGUAUGGGAAGUUUGUUAAGAUUGCGAAACAAGGAGGAGGAGGGAGCAGAAGGACCAGGUGGAGAGGGGAUUUGCAUAGUCUAAAUUAUAUCGAGACAAGUACGUGGACGAGGCAGGAACAUAAUGGGUUUUCGCAUCAAAAUCCGGGGUUUGUGGGGACUGUGUUGAGCAUGAAGGCCGAAUUUGCAAGAGUCUACUUCCCCCCUGACGCCAACACCUUCCUCUACACAUUACAUCACUGCCUGGAGUCGAACAACCUCGUCAACCUCCUCAUCGGCAGCAAACAUCCUGCUCCAACCUACCUCUCCCCAGAGGAAGCAUCUCUCCAUUGCUCCCGAGGUGCAGGUAUCUUCUACUUCGCCUCCUCCCCCGGUGACGUGGUCCCCAAUAUCGUCCUAGUCGGAAUCGGCACAGAACUCACCUUCGAAGUUAUCGCUGCAGCCUCCCUCCUCCAUACCCUUGUUCCCCACCUCCGGAUCCGCGUGGUCAACGUUGUUGACCUCAUGCGACUGAGCGCGGAGGGCUCCCAUUCCCAUUCCCUGACGCUAGGGGAAUUUGAAGAGCUAUUCACGGCAGACAAGCCAGUGCUUUUUAACUACCACGGCUAUGUAAGCGACCUGCAAGCUCUACUCUUUGGACGAAGGGAGGGUGUGGGCAGGAUGUGGGUGAGAGGGUAUAGAGAAGAAGGGAGCACCACGACUCCGUUUGAGAUGAUGGUUGUGAAUGGGGUCAGUCGGUUUGAUGUGGUCAAGUGGGCGAUCAAGAGGGGGGUUGAGGGGGGUGUUUUAGGGGAGGGGGAGGGGGGUAGGGUGUUAAACCAGAUUGAGAGAAAGGAGCAGAGCGUGAGGGGGUUUAUUAGGGAGCAUGGGAAAGACCCGGAUGAUAUGUACGACAUGCCUAAGUUUGAGUAA